AUGGGUAGCAUUAACCACAAACAUCUCCCAAUUGACCUUUCUCACCACAUCAAUGUGAAGAGCAAAGCGCGGCAUCCGUCGCCUCUCAAAGAUAUUAUUCGAUUUAUGGGCAAGAAAGGGAUGAUCAGUCUAGCGGGAGGUCUUCCUCACCCAUCUCUGUUCCCAGUGGAGAGGGCGAUAUUCGAGUGUCAGCCACCUCAUAUUGAACCUUCAAUUGAAACUGGGCUGGUCAGCCUUGAUCUUGGACGCGGCGCAAAUAGUGGCAAGUUGGACCUGACACAGUUUUUACAAUAUGGCUCCGGUGCUGGCAACCAGAAGCUCCUGAACCUAGCACGAGAGCUUACUGAACGGAUGCAUGCUCCUCCAUGCGAACACGAAUAUCUCCUGCACCCUGGAAACACAAAUGCGUGGUCCAAAGUCGUUGGCCUUCUUUGUGAGAACAAUGACUAUGUGAUAGUUGACGAGUUCACUUAUCCAUCGGCACAGGCUUUGUGGAUUCCAUUGGCUAUCAAAGCAACGCCUGUCUCAGCCGAUGAACAAGGAAUGUCUGCCACAGGACUGCGAAAGAUGCUGACAACCUGGGAUGAAACGUCUAUGGGUCAAAAGCGACCUCGGCUUCUCUACCUUGUCCCCGUAGGCUCGAACCCAACAGGCGUCACAAUCUCAGCUCAGCGGCGACGGGAGAUCUACGCAGUCUGUGUCGAAUUCGAUAUCAUACUUGUCGAAGACGACCCAUACUAUUGCCUUCAGUUCCCAAAGUCCACCAUCAAGGAGCAAACCUUCACGCCUGUAUCAUCUAACAAGUUUCUCGAAUCGUUGAUACCCUCUUUUCUUUCGAUGGAUACUCAAGGACGUGUCAUCCGUCUUGAGUCAUUUUCCAAAACUCUCUUCCCAGGCCUGCGGCUGGGAUUCUUUGUGGCCAACUCAGUAUUUACGGAGAGGCUACUACGGGUUACUGAAGUUGAGACCCAAGACCCAGCUGGACUGAGUCAAGCAUUGACUUUGGCACUCUUCCAAAACUGGGGCAUUGAUGGAUAUUUAACAUGGCUUCAGAGACUUCAGUUUCAGUACAGAACCAGACGAGAUUGGCUUAUCAUAGCCUUCAAAGAUUCCUUCACAGUUGUUCCGGCGACCAAGUCACUAGUGCCUAAGGCUCAAGGCAAUGUUGCUUGCAUCUCAGACUCAAAUGGUAGGCUGCUACCUGUCUUCAGUUAUAUCGAACCCGAAGCAGGGAUGUUUGUCUGGUCAAAGUUCUACUUCCAUGGGGUCCGUCGGUUCACUGAACUUCGGGAUGUAAAGGUUGAAGACCCAGAACAGGCUUUCGCCACCGAACUUUGGGAAGCCAUGGCGGGUGAACUAGUGCUUCUUACUCCUGGGUCUUACUACCACGCUUGGCAAGGCCUCGACAAGACUUCCACCGCAGCUAGAGGGGCAGAUCCAGAGUCUGCAUUUUUCCGGUUCUCGUUUGCAAGUCCAUCUAAAGAACAGAUUGAAGAGGGAGUCAGACGGGUGAGAAACGUUGUAGGGCAAUUUUGGGAUGUUUCUGUAUAG